GAUCAGUAGCUACAGAACGCUUGAAUGUGAAGCAUUCUCUGACUAUCAUUUGGGGCGCAUUUGCAUCUUUUUUUUACUGUGAGAAAUGUUGCACUUUGUGGUGAUUCUCUUUGUGAUCUUCGUGAUCUGUGUGAUCUUCCCGGAACUCUACUUUCGCACCUUAACGUCCUAUAGGACGACAAUUGGGGUUGGUGGACCGUACCCAAAGCCAUUCUGGCAAGGAUUGCAAUUUGCUCUCAAGCUCAAUCGAGAGAACAUUUUCACCCACCUUCGUACAUAUGCGGAGACAUUUCAAAAGUCUUAUGCUUUCUUUGGCUUCGGAAUGGUGUAUGUGCAUAUAAUAAAAGCUGAAGAUAUGGAAAAAAUACUAAAUUCCUCAAAGCACGCCAAGAAGAGCUUUCUGUACUCGUUUCUGGUGCCAUUUCUCGGGGAUGGUUUGUUAAUUAGUGGUGGUACAAAGUGGUCGCAGCGAAGGCGGAUCCUCACACCGGCUUUUCACUUUAAUAUCCUUCAGCAGUUUCUCAAGAUUUUUCAGGAAGAGAGUGUUAAGUUGUCCAAGAAACUCUUUGCCCUGGACCCUGAGGAUCGUGGAAUCGUCAAUCUUCCACCAUUGACAUCUCGUCACACCCUGGAUACAAUCUGUGAGACUGCAAUGGGUGUUAAAUUGGAUUCCCUGGAGGAACCAGAUGCCUACAGAAAUAAUAUAUACAGUACAGCACGUUUGCUGGUGGAUAGAUCGCUCCAACCGUGGUUAGCAAGUGAUGUUAUGUUCAAGCUUUUGGGGUAUCAGGAGAAAUUGGAUAAAUGCCUCAAACCCAUUCAUUUCUUCACGCGAAAAGUCAUCCAACAAAGGCGCGGAAAAAUUCUAGAAGCAGGCACUACACCUAUGGCCAGUACCAAUGAAGAUAUCUACAGUGAGAAGAAGCAGAGGUACGCUAUGUUGGAUACCUUGCUUGGAGCUGAGCAGAAUAAUUUAAUUGAUGCCGAGGGGAUUCGUGAGGAAGUGGAUACAUUCACUUUCGAGGGGCACGAUACGACGGCUUCAGGGAUAACUAUGAUCCUCUUCUGCCUUGCUGGGCACCCAGAUGUGCAGCAGAAGGUCUAUGAGGAGAUUAGAGGAGUCAGAGAGGAGAAGAAUGGGGCUCCAAUGGAGAUAGGAGAUUACAGCAAUUUAGUGUACACUGAUCGUGUGAUUAAGGAGUGCUUGCGCAUCUACCCACCUGUUCCACUUAUUUCACGUGAACUUACAGAGACGCAAGAGAUCAAUGGAUACCCCGUACCGAGUGGAACAAUGGUUUUACUCCAUAUUUUUGAUCUCCAUCGUGAUCCUCAAUACUUCCCGGAUCCCGAGAGAUUCGAUCCGGAUCGAUUUCUUCCGGAGAACGUUGAGAAGCGUCAUCCAUUCGCCUAUCUACCCUUCUCCGCGGGACCACGGAACUGCAUUGGGCAGAAAUUUGCUCUGCUGGAGAUCAAGACGGUUAUUGAGAGUAUCCUGAUGAAUUUCCAAUUGUCACCUGUAACUCACCAGAAUGAUCUCGUUUUUGUGGCUGAUCUUGUUCUCAGAACAAAUGAACCGAUUAAAAUUAAAUUCACGAGAAGAUCAUAAUUUUAAUGAAGUUCUAUGUCAAUUAAAAAAAAAUUUAUUACUUUUCAAUAAACUUUUUUUUUAUCAAA